AUUCUAGAAAAUUGGGCUAUGAUGAGGAUCAGUCAAAUAUAGGCUCUAUCUUUGAUAAUUUUUUAAUUGAUGACAAUACUUUAUUGCAAAAUGAAGAAGGUAAUUCACUGAAUGCGGCAGCAGACGAUCCUAGUGCGAUUUUUGAAGACUUGAAUGAUAUGCCAAGUGAUACUACUACUGCUUCUCUGUCAUCAUCAUCAUCACUAUCCACACUAUCCAAUAGCCCUUAUGAAAAUAUUCACCCUAAUUGGGAUGUUCCAUCUGCACCAGUGUCUAUGAACGACAUAAACGAUAUAUUUCUUAAUUUUGAAGCAAAAUUCGGCUUUCAACACGACAACGUUAGAAACAUGUAUGAUCAUCUGCUCACUAUGUUGGAUUCUCGCUCAGCCCGUAUGUCGCCUUUACUUGCCUUAUGGACACUACAUGCCGAUUACAUAGGGGGCGAGCAUGCUAACUACAGAAAGUGGUAUUUUACGGCGCAGCUUGAUUUGGACGAUAAAUUCACCCCUCCCAAAAGCCCAACGGGCUUGCUUUUAGAAGAAGCUAAAAGAGAAUGGCGCGAAAAAAUGCAAUCAUUGAGCGAUCACGAGCGGUUUUCGCAUUUGGCACUGUAUUUGCUGAUCUGGGGAGAAGCAGCCACAUUAAGAUAUAUGCCAGAAUUGUUAUGUUUUAUAUUUUAUGUAGCCGAAUGUUAUCGAUGGAACGAGGAAGUGGUAGAAGAUGAGAAUGAUGGGGUAACGCCAGUAACAAGGACCUAUUUUUUGGACAGAGUUAUCACGCCCAUUUACAACUUCAUCCGAGAUCAGAGCUACGAUGUGAUAAAUGGACACUAUGUACGACGAGAAAGGGACCAUAGCAGUAUAAUUGGGUAUGACGAUAUCAAUCAGUUUUUCUGGGAUAGACGAAAUAUUGCUAGCCUGCGUUUGAAGUCAUCUGAGCAGCAACAUCAAGGGGAAGCUCACUAUUUAAAAGAUAUACCUAGAGAAGAGCGUUAUUUAUUUUUGGGUGAUAUUGAUUGGAACAACACUUUUAAAAAGACAUUCUAUGAAACGAGGUCUUGGUCCCAUGUGUUAACAAACUUUUCAAGGGUCUGGAUUAUUCAUGCAGCUUCGUUUUGGUAUUACAUGGCCGCAAGCGUAGAUUUCAUCUAUACAAAUAAGCAUGAUGACGAAGAGGUAGAUUUGCCAUUGAGGUUGUCCAUUAUAGGUUUAGGCGGACUUGUGGCUAUCGUUCUAAUGGCAUUAUCGACCUUAACAGAAUUCCGUUAUUUGAAUGUGUCAACGAUGACCGCAAAAAUUUUGUUGAAGCGACUUUUGAUUUUAAUGCUUUUUGCUUCCAUACACGCCGGCUGCACAUUCUAUAUAGUCAACUUCGAUCGUACAAGCAUCAUAGCCUUGACUAUAUCAAGCUUACAAUUAGGAUUAGGCGCCUUACUUUCUAUUUUGCUGGUUAUUUUUCCUUCAUCGCGCCUUUUCCAUCGCCAGAAAUCAAAUCAUCAACUCAGCUGUCAGCCUUUUACAGCCAACUUCCCUGAAAUGAACAAUGAUGACCGGUUCUAUUCUAUUAUGAUCUGGAUCUGUGUUUUCAGUUGCAAGUUUUUAGAAACUUACUUCUUUCUGGCAUUAUCAUUCCGUGAAGCUCUGUAUGUUACUGUAUCAAUGCACGUUAGCAAUUGCAGUAUUGAUCCUCUGCUGGGGCGUUGGUUGUGUCCUGUGAUGCCUGUUUUGACUACUGUCCUACUAUUUCUUGUGGAGUUGAUCCUCUUCUUUUUGGAUACAUAUCUAUGGUAUGUAAUUUGGAAUACGGUUUUCUCAGUUGCGCAAUCAAUGCGUAUCGGUAUCUCAGUUAUGACGUCUUGGAAAGAACUUUUCACCAAACUACCUCAGAAUAUGUUUGCCAAGAUCACUUCCACUAACUUUCGCUCACUGCAUAUGCGGCGAAUGGCUUGCUCACAAAUGUGGAACGCAAUUGUGAUUUCUAUGUUCAGAGAUCACUUACUUUCCGAAGAAAAUUUACAACGAUUGCUUUAUCAAGUACAGAUCAAAGAAGCGGAAAAUGGUGAUAAAAAACGAGAACUGCAUCCUCCACCCAUUUUUGAUCCAGCUAAACCUUUCAAUGGUGAUUACUUCCCAAAGCAUUCUGAGGCGGAAAGAAGACUCUCAUUCUUUGCUCAAAGUCUAUCCACAGAUUUUCCUUCGUCAUGUUCUGUGCAAACAAUGCCGACAUUCACUGUAUUUACCCCUCAUUAUGCCGAAAAAAUGGUGCUUUCCUUGCGAGAAAUUAUUCGUGAGGAAGAUUCUAGUACACGUGUCACUUUGUUGGAAUACUUGAAAAGAUUACAUCCUACUGAAUGGAACAACUUUGUGAAAGAUACAAAAACAAUCGCUGAAGAGCAGCAAGUAUUAUUACCAACAUAUGAGAAGCAUAAGAAAGGGGAGCAAGAGCCUUCAAAAGCCGCGAUAGGCGGUGAAAAGGAUGACCUUCCAUUUUACAGCGUUGGAUUCAAAUCUUCGGCACCCGAAUACACAAUGCGUACACGUAUAUGGGCUUCUUUACGUACACAAACACUGUAUCGUACGAUCAACGGCUUUAUGAAUUAUGCUCGUGCAUUGAAAAUCUUGUAUCGAAUAGAAAAUCCCAAUCUGGGUUCAACAAUGACCCCCGCUGCACCAUUAACUGAUGAAAAUAGCGGCGUUACAGAUACAAACAAUACAAACGAUGGCGAUCCUUUUAUAAAUCAAAAAAAAGACACAUCAAGUACAUUAGACUAUAUCGCCCAUCAAAAGUUCAGAUUUCUUGUAGCCAUGCAACGUUAUGCUAAAUUUAGUAAGGAAGAAGCUGCCAACUGCGAAUUUUUAUUGCAGGAAUAUCCUCAAUUACAAGUUGCAUAUAUUGAUGAAGAAAAGGAUAGAGUUACCAAUGAAAUAGCGUAUUAUUCUGUACUGAUUGAUGGUCAUUGCGAAACAUUACCCAACGACAAGAGGCUACCUAAAUAUCGUAUUCGACUACCAGGCAAUCCAAUUUUAGGCGACGGUAAAUCUGAUAAUCAAAACCAUGCUUUGAUUUUUUAUCGUGGUGAAUACUUGCAGCUUGUAGAUGCUAAUCAAGACAACUAUUUGGAAGAAUGCUUAAAGAUACGCAGCAUUUUUGGUGAAUUCGAACAGCAAGAAGGAUCUGAGCUCUCGUUGGGCAAUGUUUAUGCUUUACAUACCAAUGCUGCAAGAUUAGCGAAGAAAAAACAAGAUUUCAAAACGGAUUCUCCUGUGGCAAUUGUAGGCGCUCGCGAAUAUAUAUUUUCUGAAAAUAUUGGUAUGCUAGGCGAUGUUGCUGCUGGUAAAGAGCAAACCUUUGGUACCUUGACACAGCGUAUCAUGGCUAAAACAGGAGGUCGGCUGCAUUACGGUCACCCAGAUUUCUUAAACGCUGUCUUUAUGACAACUCGUGGGGGUGUGAGUAAAGCACAAAGAGCUUUGCAUUUGAAUGAAGAUAUCUAUGCUGGUAUGAAUGCUUUGCUUCGUGGAGGCCGUAUUAAGCAUACAGAAUACCUACAAUGCGGUAAAGGUCGUGAUCUCGGCUUUUGUUCUAUAUUGAAUUUCACCACCAAAAUAGGCACUGGUACGGGUGAACAAAUGCUUUCGCGUGAGUACUACUACCUUGGGACGCAGUUACCGCUGGACCGCUUUUUGACGUUUUAUUAUGCUCAUCCUGGCUUUCAUAUCAACAAUAUCAUGAUUAUAUUUGCAAUCCAAAUGUUCUUGUUCUGUAUGGCUUUUGUUGGUACAAUGUCUAUUGCAUUACCUCAUUGUCAAGGUGACGACUGCUUCGAUGUCAGACCAGUGAACGAUUGGUUGCAGCGAUGUGUAUUAUCCAUUUUUAUGGUCUUCUUCAUAGCCUUUUUACCAUUAUUCUUGCAAGAACUGACAGAAAAAGGUACAAAGCGAUCUAUUCUUCGACUCGUCAAGCAGUUUGUGUCCCUUUCCCCAUUGUUUGAAGUGUUUGUUACUCAAAUUUAUGCAAACUCGGUUUUAUCCAAUUUGAGUUUCGGUGGCGCACGGUAUAUAGCUACGGGUCGUGGAUUUGCCACCUCUCGUAUACCUUUCUCAGUGUUGUACUCACGAUUUGCCCAUCCAAGUAUAUAUUUUGGUGCCCGUACUAUGUUCAUUCUUAUCUUUGUGUCAUUAGCCCUGGGACUACCACAUCUUAUCUACUUUUGGGCCACAGUUGCUUCCUUGAUGAUAUCACCUUUUGUAUUUAAUCCUCAUCAGUUUGUCUUUAGAGACUUCAUGAAUGAUUAUCGCGAAUUCUUAGGUUGGCUAGCAAGAGGUAACUCGACUCGGUAUCAUGAGCACUCCUGGAUUACAUUUUGUCGACAAGGCCGUACAUUGGUAACGGGAAUCAAAAAGAAGGCCGGUCAGCAGUCCUUUGGAGCAAAUGAAAAGCCUAAUCUGAACGCUAUUCCUAGAGCACAUUUAUCAAGCAUCUUCUUUACUGAAAUAUGGAUGCCUUUUGUUCAAGCUUCACUUUUUGUGUUUUGUUAUGCAUUCUACAAAAGCCGGGAGCAAGUGGAUACUUACGGUACGCUUCUAUCGCCGUUCAAUACUUCGCUAGGUCCAAUUGGAGCUUUAGGACGGAUUCUAUUCAUUUCGAUUGCACCAAUAUCAUUUAAUGCUGUAGUGUUGAUAUCUGUUCAGAUUUUUUCAUUGUUGAGUUCAAGGUUCAAGCGAACAGGUUACUAUAUGGCGUUAAUAGCUCAUGCAGGUGCUAUCUUCGGCUUUAUCGUAGUGUACGAAAUUUUAUGGACUUUGGAAAAUUUCCAAGUUUGUUCCACAUUGUUAGGCUUGUUAUCCAUGUUUGCAGUGCAACGUGCUUUUUUCAAAGUAAUUGUUGGUCUAUUCUUAACAAGAGAAGUUCAUGACGAUGCAACAAACAGAGCAUGGUGGAGCGGCAACUGGAAGAAUAAACAUCUUACUUCGUUGGCACCAAGAGAAUAUGUUUGCAAGAUUGUUGAAAUGUCUUUGUUUACGAUUGAUUUCAUUUUGGGACACUUAAUAUUGUUUGCUCUAUUUCCAUUCACACUUAUUCCUUCGGGAGACCGGUUCCAUUCUCUAAUCUUGUUCUGGUUGAAGCCUUCGAAACAGAUACGUCCUUCUAUUUUGUCUACCAACGUCAGAAGGAGAAGACUGAGGAUAGCAUAUAAGUAUGGUACCCUGUUCGUUCUUGUUUUAUUACUUUUCACUGCUCUCAUCGUCUUACCACCAAUGCUAACUCCCAAAUUACCUGCGAUUUUCUACCAAGUACUCUUCAAAACCAUUUAACAGAAAAGUGUAUAAAUUUUUUCCAUACAUUAUUAUCAAUAUAUAGUAGUACCGAUUAUAAGGGAUCCUUCUGUAGCAUAAACUCUACGCAAUAAAGAUGCCACAAAAAGUUAUCGAUCAGUAUAAAGCGGCUUACUCGGAAGGAAAUUUGCAUGCAUAAUUUGGUCAAGUGAGUCGCUGGAAACAGGAUUAAGCCAAAUCAAAUGAUCCGUGGUAAAAGUUAAAAUUCACUUAUAAAAACCCGUAUUUGAAGCACGUCC